UACAGUAAACUAAAAGCACAAGUCACAAACAAGCCCUAAGUCAGUCAAAGAGAAGAUAGUCUGUUCUCCCUUCCGAACUCUUUCCCAUUCCAAUCCAAGCUUCCCAUCUUCUAAAUCCCAAUACAUACGCAAAUCCUUAAACCCUUAAACCUCCUUCCUCAGUUUCUUCUUCUUCUUCUUCAAAUUCUCUCUCGCUCUCUCUCUCUCUCUCUCUCUCUCUCAGCAGCUGAAGAGAGACAGAAUGAGCAGGGCUUCCUGUCUCUUUCAACUCUGGCAAACUCCCCCAACCAGAAUACUUUUCAGAAGCUCAAAACUAUCCCAAGGGUUAUAUGUGAUACCUGGUGUCAAAUUUUAUCCACCACCCUGCUCAUGCAAGAACAUACAAACUACCUCAUAUGAAGAUGUCAAUGGUAAAGCCAGCUACGUACCCACAAUCAAAAUUAAAAAGGAAAUUGAAGAAAAGGAAAAAUCAUCAGAGAAGCUUGAAACAGUUGGUGCAUUUCAAAAGCUGCCCAUGGUGAUGCCAUCUUUUGAUAUUCUUUACUCAGCAUUAAAGAAGGCCAAGAGAGUUUCUCCAACUAAGGGCAUUGCUAACAUUGCAAAGCGAGAGAGAAAUAGAAGUGCAAAGCAGCUUGAUGCACUGAUGAAAGAAUUGGCAGUUCCUUUGAGGACUUACAUGGAGAGUUUUCCAAAGAGACAUACCCUUCAUCCUUAUGAGCGAUCUCUAAUUGAAUUGACUCUUGGAGAUGGAAAUUAUGAAGAGGUAUUGUGCAAUGUGGAUUCACUGAGGAAGAAGGUGGUCUCUGUUGCAAAGGAACAUGCUUCUCUUUGUGCUAAGUCGGUUACUAAGCGAGAAGCAGAAGAUCGAUUAGUUGAGGGUAUGAAGAAAGUUGAAGCGACAUUUAAUCACAAAGGGAAAGCUGUUGAUGAUUUAUUAAACAUUGCUAAGACUUUGCGAGCAAUGCCAGUGGUUGAUCUUGAAACACCAACACUUUGUCUUGUUGGUGCUCCGAACGUGGGAAAGUCAUCCCUGGUUCGUGUGCUCUCUACAGGGAAGCCUGAGAUAUGCAACUACCCUUUUACAACCAGAGGAAUACUAAUGGGCCAUAUUGUUUCAAACUACCAGCAUUUUCAGGUAACAGAUACUCCUGGUUUGCUAAGGAGAUGUGAUGAGGACAGGAAUAAUUUAGAAAAGUUAACCCUUGCCGUUUUGUCUCAUCUUCCAACUGCAGUACUUUAUGUUCAUGAUCUCUCUGGAGAAUGUGGAACAUCUCCUUCCGAUCAGUUUAUCAUAUACAAAGAAAUAAAAGAGAGGUUUUGUGAUCAUCUGUGGCUUGAUGUUGUAUCCAAGUGUGAUCUGUUACAAGAUUCCCCUGUGGUUUUUGUCACAGAAAAUGCUGAUGAAGAUGGUCUUGAGCUAGCAAAAUACCGCAAAAUGGGACCAGAUGGGGCUUUACACGUAUCAAUUACAGACGAAGUAGGGCUGAGCAAGUUGAAGGAUAAAGUUCACGAGAUGCUCAGUCUUCAAAUGGCCAGAAUCCAAGCUGAAAAAGGCACACAAGAAGGUGAAGUUUCGAUAUGAGGGAUCACGCAUAUAUCUAUCAAAGAGUGGAGUCACUGCAUUUCUGUUGAAAACUUCUGGUGGUAAGUAUGAUUUGUCACACAAAUUUGAAAUCUGCAAGCAAGACGACUGACUACAAACCUGCCAAAUUAUUAAGCUGGCUUAGCGCAUGUAAAUUCUUGCAUUGCCAAGCCACCGCCCUCUUCAUACCUCACGGUUGACUCGUCAUUCAUGCAAUAAAUUGGCAAUGAAGACCAGCAAGAUCAACACAUGAGUAGCUCAUGUGCUUUAGUUUUAUGUACAAUGAAACUUCUCUCUAGAAUAACUUUUCCUCCAUACUAUAUAGAAGCAAAAGGCAGAUUUUAUGCUACUCAUUUGAAGAAAAGCAAACUCUACUCUAUAAGCAGUCUGGUCAUUUUAUGUAUAUUUUUGUUUGCUUCA